GUUCUGGGACAUUUCAAACAACAUGGCGGACGUUUGGUGUGGUUUCGGUUAGAAAGUUUUGUACUCAUUUGAGGGGUAUUGUAUCAGGCUCAAUUGAUACAAAUAACCCUAGAAUUAUCAGCUGGAUUUUUCUUUAAUUAAACCCGGAUCUUUUCUUAUUCCGGAAAUGGUGUCAUCCUACGAUUUGCGUAAUUUUUCACCAUUCACGUGAUUGAGCUGUAACUUCCACGUUGUCAGCUUUCUUCAGCUUCUGAACCCGUUCAUCAUACGUGCAGUUCUGAUUGGCACUUGCCCAGCUGUUAAAGGUUGAUCUUAAAGAAAAUAUGGCGACUCUAUCUGAACCUGUUCCUUUAGAAAUGGAACGGAUUUCCUUGCACAGACAUGGAAAGGAUGCUGAAAAUGUUUUGGUGGAUUUUAGUAGGUUACCGAGAUCCAGUGGAGAUGGAAUGGAAUUUUCAUCAAGCAAUUCCAGCAAUGACAGUUUCUCAGAGGAUAGUGAAGAAAGUGACUUGACUCAAAAAGCAAAUAACAUUUUAUUGUCUUCAACUGUGAAAAGGAACAAUGCUGGAAAGAAAAUUGUAAAUGGAUCUGCUCAAAUAACAACUGGCAUGCUGGUAAAUAGCUCAGGAACAAAAUACAGAGAUGAAAAUGAAAUUUUCACAAUGAAGGAAAUGGGAACAUCAACUGGUCACCCAAAUUUAGUUGAGUCCACACAAUUACAGAUGAGAAGAAAAGAUGUCUCUAGAACAGAAAGAGUACAAUUAGAAGAGGAUGGUCCUAUUCAGUCAGUGCAAAGACAGAACUCGACGAAUCUUCUACUCCAAGGACCAGAGUUUCUGCGAUUAAACAAUCAGUUGGGCCUAUCUUGCACUGCUACUGAUCAGCUUGUCUCUUUGGCUCCUCCUGCGGUGGAUCUAAGUUUCGGAGAUGGUCUUUUGAAAUCCACUGUGGUGGAACAAACAGCUGAGUUUGUGGACAGCCAGAAAGUCAUCAGUGAUCUUCAGGAACAGAAUGCAAAGCUUGUUGAAGAGAAGACAAAACUCUCUGUGCAGCUUGGUGUCCAGGCAAAGGUUAAUGCAGAAAUUAAGAGGUUGCUAGUGGCAUCAGUGGGAGAAGAUGUUGGUGAAAGGUUGGAAGACUUAGUGAACAGAAAUGUGCAGCAAACUGUGGAGCUCAAUCACUGGAAAAAGAUAUGUGAGGAAUAUUCAGAGGAAUCUGACAGAUUAGAGAUUGAGUGUGAUGUCUGGAGGACAAAAUUCCUGGCAAGCAGGCUCAAAAGUACAAGUGGCAUUCAUCAGGGCCCCUUCACUUCAUCUCAAACCUCAAACGAUCAAAGCAUCUUAGAAAUGGCUUCCACAAACAAGUCCUUAGCUGAACAGACCUUAGGUGUAGCGCAAAAUGUUUUACCAGCCUUCUCAUUAGCAGAAACAUCAUUUAUGUUGACUCGUGAGCCACAGGAAACUGGGACUGAACAACAGGUUGAGCCAACAUCUGCUGAAAAACUGGCUUUACAGGUUUUGUCUAGUGAUGUCAAUCUCCAGGCAGAGGAGCAACAGCUAAAAGGUGUCAUGAGAAGAAUGGCGCAGCAGUACAUGGGACAUGAUUAUCAAAGCCGAUUUUCAACCAGGAACUUCAGAGUAACCUUUGACUGUUGUAAUCGAUGUAUGGGAACACUUCAAGUGGUUUAACCCUAAGAAUGUUUGAAGACUUUUUUUGGGGAGAGAGGGGUUGGUGAUGGAUGCUUAAAUUAGUUUUAAACUGAGGAAUUGUGGGAAUUAAAAAUAAAGGAUAAAUUUAACCACA